AUGGUAGCUUCAUCAGUAAGCAGUGCCGCAGUGAGUUGCACAUUGGAAGAAAUGUUGGAAUCUAAAGAGAAAGAAAUGUACCAGCAGCAGUGGGUGCAAAAUGCACCCGACCCGCCUUGUUUUUUUCGAGAGGUAUUCGAAAACGUUAAGGACACAAUAUUGCCCCCCAAUAACAGCAAGAAUGUGUGGUCAACUCUCGUUGUCAAUGACAACCAACAACCUUUGUACAAAAGAGUGUUGGUGUUGUUGACGGAGAUUUUUCCCAUCCUUGCUUCUCUAAGAGGAUACAAUGCUCACAAGUUCAAAUUCGAUCUCAUGGCGGGUAUAACCGUUGCAAGUCUCGCCAUUCCUCAGUGUGUAGGAUUCGCUACUUUGGCUCAGCUAAGUCCCGAAUAUGGCUUAUAUACAUGUUUUGGGCCACCUCUUAUGUACGCAAUGCUUACGAGUUCAAGAGAGAUAGUGAUUGGGAAUGUAGCAGUGGAUUCACUUCUUCUUUCUUCAAUGAUUUCCAAAUUGAAAGAUCCCAUUCAAGAUUCUGUUGCAUACACUCAGCUACUUCUAACUGCAACUUUCAUUGCUGGUAUCUUCCAACUUGCAUUUGGAAUCUUCAGGUUUGGAUUUCUGGUGGAUUAUCUUUCCCAUGCAACAAUAGUGGGGUUCUUGGCAGCAGCUGCCGUAGGCAUUGGAGCAUAUCAGUUUAUAGUGUUGUUAGGAAUCAAAAAAUUCACUAACAAAUCUGACUUGAUUUCUGUGAUCAAAAUAUUUUGGACAUCUUUAUUCAAGGAUCGAUCACAGUGGCAUCCUUACAGCUUUACUCUUGGAUUCUCAUUUCUUUGUUUCAUCCUAUUUGCCAGAUUCAUGGGGAGAAGGAACAAGAAACUGUUCUGGUUGCCAACAAUUGCUCCUCUGCUUUCAGUUAUUGUAUCUUCUAUUGUUGCAUAUACAGUGAAUUCUCAUCAAAUAAAUGUGAAGGACUACAAAGUUGAUGUGUUAGGAGAAAUCAAAGGAGGUAGCUUGAACCCAAUCUCAUUAUUGCAUCUCAACCUUAGUGACAAUUUUUUGGCUCCAUUGAUCAAAACAGGCUUAACCGUUGCUGUUAUUUCACUCACGGAAACUAUUGCUGUUGGUAGGUCAUUUGCAUCCCUAAGAGGAUACAAUCUUGAUCCCAAUAAAGAAAUGAUAUCCCUGGGUUUAACCAACAUUGUUGGAUCUUUCACGUCUUGCUACGUUGCAUCUGGUUCACUUUCACGCACUGCUCUAAAUUAUAGUUCAGGGGCUGAAACAACGGUGUCAAGCAUAGUGAUGGCAUUGACGGUUCUAAUAUCACUGAAAUUCUUGACGAGGCUAUUGUAUUACACUCCAAAGGCAAUCUUAGCAGCAAUAAUUAUAUCGGUAGUGCCUGGUCUUAUUGACGUUCAAAAAGCAUAUCAGAUUUGGAAGGUUGAUAAACUAGACUUUCUUGCUUGCGCUGCAGCCUUUUUUGGGGUCCUCUUUGCCUCUGUAGAGAUGGGCCUUGCAAUUGCGGUGACAAUAUCAUUUGCAAAGUUAAUUCUGGUGUCAAUUCAACCUGGAAUAACGGUUCUUGGAAGGCUUCCUGGAAAAGAUGCAUUUGGUGACAUUGAGCAAUAUCCAAUGGGCCUCUCCAUUCCUGGCCUUCUUAUUCUUUCUCCAAAAUCCUCCUUCCUUUGUUUUGCAAAUGCAACUCUUGUCAGAGAAAGGAUUGAGAGAUGGGUGAACGAUGGACACGUUGAGGAGGGCGAGGGAGGAAGCAAUUUAAAAUUCAUCAUUCUUGACUCCUCAGGUCUUACGAAUAUUGACACAGCGGGAAUUGCUUCUUUGGAGGAACUGAACAAGAAUUUGAUUUCACAUGGAGUAAAAUUGGUGAUAGCUAACCCAAGGUGGCAAGUAAUCCACAAGCUAAGAGUAGGUGACUUUGUGAGCAAAAUUGGAGGAAGAGUUUUCGUUUCUGUGGGUGAAGCUGUAGAUGCAUGUCUUGGUCUUGGUGCUGCCAAAAUGGCUAAUACUGUAUAA